AUGACGGACACGAAAAUCAUCACCGCAUCAUCGAUGCCGGAGUUUAACCCGACAGAGAAUUGGAAUUUGUGGUUUGAACGUCUCGAAUUACAUUUCGUCGAAAUUGAGUGCACAGACGAAAAGCAAAAAAUUUCAAUUUUAUUGAAAUUGAUCGGAGCAGAAGCAUAUCAAAUUCUGCAUUGUUUAUGCAGUCCGAAAUUACCGAGCAAAGAGAAGUACAAUGAUUUGUGUGCGUUGAUGAAAGCGCAUUACACACCACCCGUAAUUGUUUUCAACGAGCGAAGAAAUUUCUACGCAGCGAAAAUGGGAGCCGACGAACGUGUAGCAUCGUGGUUUGCACGUGUGAAGAGGUUAUCACUCGAUUGCAAAUUCGUCGCUGGUGAUUUGGAACGUAUCGUUUUGGACAAAUUUGUCGUUGAAUUGCCAAGCAAAAUAUUCGAAAAACUUUGCGAAGAAGACGAAACGCUGACGUUGCAAACUGCAUUGAAAAAGGCGAUGAUGAAAGAAACAAAAAUUCAACAAUCGCAAAACAGCAGCGUGGACGUGAAUUUCAUCAAAGCACGUGGCAAGCAGCAGAAACGGCAACAACAACAACAAUCGCAAGAAGAGCUACGCAUUGAACCAUGCGAUGUGACGAACUACGACUACCCAAUUUAUUCAAUUGAGGGCUCGGAAGAGAACGAUCGCUAUGAGUUAACUGUGCUUGUGGAUGGAGUCAGGCUUACGGUUGAAUGUGACACUGGUGCACCAUGUUCGCUCAUAUCAAUUCACACAUUUGAUAAAUACUUUGAUCGAAGAGUUUUGAAACCAUGCAACACACCUUUCUCCGGAUACACAGGUGACCCAUUAAAGAUCAUUGGUGAGUUUCAAACAGUUGUUAAUUACAAAGGUCAAAAGAUAUCAGGAAUAAUUGUAGUGACAAACAGUGACCGACCGACUUUGUUAGGUAGAAAUUUUCUACGUGCUUUUAGUUUUGAAUUAGUACAAACAAAUCGCGUCAACAAUAUUUUUGCGCCCAACGAAAUGAUUGAUUCAAUCAAAAGUGAGUUUCACGAAGUUUUUAGUUGCGGUUUAGGAAAGUAUAACGUCACGACCAUUAAAUUACCCAUUCAAAAAGAUGUCACACCGAUUUUCUGCAAACCUCGCCCUGUUCCGUUAGCAUGGCGUGAUAUGAUAGCGAAACAGUUAGAUGACUUCGUUUCAAAAGGAAUACUUAUUCCAGUAGACAAUUCGGAUUGGGCUACACCUCUUGUGCCAUUAUUGAAACCUUCUGGCGAUAUUCGCAUUUGUGGUGAUUACAAAGUCACAAUUAAUCGAUUUUUAAUCGAUUUCAAAUAUCCAUUGCCACGGAUUGAUCAAAUUUUUGCUUCAAUGCAAGGAGGUAUUUUGUUUACUAAACUUGACAUGUCGAAUGCAUACAAUCAGUUAGUUUUAGACGAUGAAGCACAAAAAUUGUGUACAUGGAGUACACACAAAGGCAUUUUCAAAAUGACACGUUUACCGUUUGGCGUCAAAAUUGCCGCCGCACUUUUUCAAAAGACCAUGGAAAAUCUCCUUAGUUGCUUCUCAAAUGUAUUCUGUUAUCAAGAUGACAUUGUCGUCACUGGGCCAACUCUAGCAGAUCAUUUGAAAACGAUAAAACAAGUUUUGAUUAAACUUCAGACAGCCGGUCUCAGACUAAACGUCAACAAAUGUGAAUUUUUCAAGGAAAAAAUUUCUUAUUUAGGAUUUGACAUUGACAAAAAUGGUUCAAGUCCGUUCUCAAUUCAAUACAUUAAAGGUUCUUUGAAUACGGCUGAUAGUUUAUCACGUAUUGCACAAGUUUCUACAGCGGAAGAAACCAAGGAGAGUUCAUACAUAAAUUAUGUAGGUUCAAACAUCAUGAAAACAUUAACGUACAAAGAUAUAGCCACACACACUCGACGAGACCUCAUUUUAUCAAAGGUUCACGAUUGUAUUCAACACGGAACUGUCGAUCAGCUUCAAGGCAGUGAAUAUACAUCAUUUCGAAACAAAGCAACUGAAUUAUCUGUUGAAUCAGGUUGCAUUCUUUGGGGCUAUCGCACCGUCAUUCCAAAUGCUCUGCGUAAGAUCAUUUUGCAAGACCUUCACGCAUCGCACAUGGGAAUUGUAAAAACGAAAGCGUUAGCUCGUUCAUAUGUUUAUUGGCCGCAUAUUGACAAAGAAAUUGAAAAUUUGAUAAAAGGUUGUGUUUAUUGUCAAAAGACUCAAGCAAGUCCUGAGAAAAGUACUCUCAUGCCGUGGACACCCACUGAUUCAGCUUGGAAACGUGUUCACAUUGACUUUGCAGCAUCUUGGUUCAAGACAAUGGAAGACAAUUUACACCGUAUUUACAACAUAUACACCGCACCUGGACAUCCAUCGACAAACGGCCAAGCCGAGAAUUUUGUCAAAACAUUGAAGAAGUCAUUAAUUGCAACGAUUGAGGAGAGCAAAAUAGGUGACUUCGACACCAUUCUCGAUAGAUUUUUGUUUGACUAUCGAAUUACAAAACAUUGCACAACUAACGAAACUCCUGCGAAACUCCUUCUCGGAAAAGAAUUAAAAUCGCGUUUUAGUUGGCUAAAACCGCCUGUAGUUACAGAUGUUAUCAAAGAAAAGCAACAAACCGCAAUUAAAAAUUAUAAAGGAAAUCGUAACGUAAAUUUUUCGGUAGGACAAAAAGUCUAUGUGAGAGAUUAUCGAAACCCAAACAAAGCAAGUUGGUCACAAGCUACCAUUAAAAAUAAAAUAGGACCACGUAAUUACACCUGUUUGUUACUCCGUGAAAAACGUGACAUUAAACGUCAUGUAGAUCAGAUCAGAGAUGGUGAAACUGAUGAUAUGGGGGGAGAUGAGUUGCCUCUGGAACUAAAUGAUUCGCAAGGUUCUGAGCAGGCACAUGAUGCAGCAACAAAUGAAAUUGAUUUGCCGUCUGACACAGCCGGUGACUCAAGUGACCUUUCCUUUGUGAGUUCUCAUUCACAAGAAGAAAAUGAAUUGGAAGAAUCUAUUCCCGACGUCAUCGAACGACCAGCAACCCGUCGUGUUGCCGCACAAGCGAAACAAAACAUCAAAGACUUUUACACGUCAAACCGUCGUCGCUAA